AUGAAUCCUACACAAGUUCAAGGUUAUUUGGCUGGUAUUGAGCCACUAAAUGGCGCUAACUAUCUCAAAUGGAGGUCGCAUAUGGAUAUAGUUAUUUGUUACUUGGAGUAUGAUAUUGCUUUAAGAGAACCAAUGCCUCAAAAGCCUGUAGAUAAUUUUAAUAGAAGUGAAAAACAGAGUUUCUACAAGUGGGAAAAGGCAAACAGAAUGAGUAUUAUGAUCACUCGAGGUGCGAUUCCAGAUGCGAUUCGAGGUGGAAUUCCAAUGAAAGACAUGGCCAAAGAGCAUUUGAAUGUUAUUAAGUCACAAUUUAUGAGUUCGACAAAGUCGAUGGUUAGUGCGUAUAUGAGUCAGCUGACAUCAAUGAGGUAUAGUGGAGAUGGCAGUGUUCGAUAUCACAUACUUCAAAUGGAAGAUCUAAUAUACAGGUUACGAGGUCUGGAUAUGAACCUAAAUGAUGAUUAUCUAGUGAAACUCGCACAAGAAAAGCUUCAAGAAAUAAGGAAAGAACAAGAAACCUCAGGAACAGAAAAGGAAACACCAAAUGAUGAGUCUGAAGUUAACAAGAAUGGUAAGAAGUUUCCUCUUCCAUGGAAGCCUCCAUAA